UGUUGAGCCGGUAACCAGUUGCUAUGGGAACCGUCUGUGGACAGCAGGCCUCGCUGAGUUAUGGAGCUAAGCCGGGGUGGAGAAAGCGAAGUGGUGGAUGAAGAGGAUAUUUCACGGGAGAUUGAGGAGAUUAAAGGGUAUUCACUGGGGAAUCAGCUGAGGACCGGCUUCUUUGGUCAAGACGCCAGCGUCCAGACGGAUGCGUCCGAACUGCCGUUGGUCAGAUGUCUCACAGAUGAAACUGCACAACUUGUGAAGGAGAUGGAGACUUUGAAGAAAGACAUUGCAGUGAAAGUGAAGUUUAUUGAGGCCCAGUAUGAGUCCCGUCUGCAGCAAGAGGCAGAGGCUUUCUACACCAGAAUUAAUUACAAAGUCAAAGCUUUUGAGAACCACCACAAAGAGAAGAUAACCGUCCUGCGAAACAGCUUUCAGCAGCAGUUCUCCAAUGCAAUAGAAGUUAUCAAAGCCAGCUAUAAGAACUACAGCAUGGAGAAAGACGAGGUCACCACCAGCGACACAGGACGAGUUCAAGACCUCUUGAAUGAGCUCCAGGAGAAGGACUUUGAAAGCAUGUGCCUGACUGAGCAGCUGAGGGAGAACGAGGAGACCAGCUCUGAGCCUGCAGAUGAUCCAGAGAAAGACCGGUUGAGGACAGAGAACAACAGGCUCAAAGAUGACGUCAACGGCUUGCACAUUGAAAUGGAGCAAAUUCGACAAGCUCUGGGGGCCAAAGAUCAGAGUCUGAGGGAUAUGGCUUUGAACACUUCGCAGCUGCAAGCAAAAGUAGAAGGUGACAGAAAAACCUUGCAAAAGCUGUCCAGUGAAAAUGACCAACUAAAGGUGCAGCUGAACCUCGAGCAAGAAAAUGGAAGAAUUCAGAUAUGCCAGCUUAAACAGAAAUUAGAGAAAAUGACUGAAUCUACUGAAAACUCCCAACAAAAAGAGGUGCGUGUGUCCACUGGAAGGGACUGCAGCAUAAGGCCGGUUUUAAAUGCCAAGGAGCUGGAUUCGAAUAACAAGGACCUUACAGAACACCUGGAGAAGCUGAGGCAAGCAGAGAGAUCACAGAAGCAGCACAUUGACAGGUUGGAAAAGAAAAUAGCUCUGACCAAUGAAGCAUGGGGAAAAAAGUUUGAAAUUCUCAGACAGAGUUUUCAUGCCAUCAAGGAUGAAAUGUUCCUGCGGCAGAGUCUGCAGCGCCAGGCCACAUCACUCCACCAAGCCUCAGUCAACUACACUAUACAUGCUCCUGUCUCACACCAAGGCCAGAGUCCAGAAGAAGCUAGCUUUAAGAGGACUUGUUUCUCCACUAAGACCCCUUUGCCUUCUAUAGGUGCAAGAGAAAUGCAGACAGUGAGGCUCAAGACAGUGGACAUCCACCUGCCGAGUGAACAGACAGACCACUUUUCAUCUGCAGAAGCGAGUGAAGGUGACACUGAUGAGGAAUCGACCAAGAUCCUGCCUCUCCCUCUGCCUCCCAACAGACCGACCCCAUCUAGCACAACAUUUCAAGUACAAAGCACAUAAUUUUCUCAAAUAAUUUUCACAACAGAAAUAAAACGACCACUAAACAUGCAUUGACCUGAUACUUACAUUGUACAGGCAUUGGUGUUUACAUUGCAUAGGCAUUUGCACAGUGCUUACAUUGUGUAAGCAUUGGCCCGAUGCUUGCAUUGUACAGAUUUUGGCCAAGUGCCUACACUGCACAGGCAUGGGCCCAGUGCUUAAAUUUUACUGGCAUUUGCCAAGUAAUUACAUUGUAUUGGCAUUGGCCCAAUGUUUUCAUUGUACAGGUAUUGGCCUGAUGCUUAAACUGAACAUCCUUUGGCCCAGUGCUUACACUGUGCAGGGACUGGCCCAGUGCUUACAUUUUACAGGUAUUUGCCCAUUGCUUACAUUGUGUAGUCAUUGGCUUGAUUCUUUCAUUGUACAGGCAUUGGCCCGAUUCUUAAAUUUUACUGGCAUUUGCCCAGUAAUUACAUUGUAUUGGCAUUGGCCCAAUGUUUUCAUUGUACAGGCAUUGGCCCAAUGCUUACAUUGUACAGGCACUGGCCCGAUGUUUAUUUUACACAUGCGCUGGUUAGAUGCUUACAUUGAGCAGGCUUUGGCCCAACGUUUUGAACAUUACACUUACAAAAGUAACAUGUUAAAUUAACUUGAGCUAUAUAACUCAUGUUGAAAUAAACUUAGUAUAUCUUUGAA